AUGGCAAGUUGUGAGGAAGAUCAUUCAGAUGGAAUUUUCUGCACAGACCAGCAUUCUGAUUGCGUCAAGUUUGAUACCCUGUCUGAGAAAGCACUGUUUUCACUAUGUACAAAAAAGGUCACGGAUCAUCAAAGAAAAAAACAGAAAUGUUUUAUGCUUACCCUCAGUGUUCUCUAUCUGCUUGUAUUUUCCAUUGUCGUUGUAAUCAUCAGACUAGCAGUUCACGUAUCCGAGAUGGAAAAGAACCUGAAGAAUGACACUAAUCUAGUUAGUGAGAAUAACAUACAACGGUGCUUCAGUGGAGAUUGUCCUGGCAAAGCAAGAAAAGGAAAAGAGGAGCAGAGAGAACUCAUCAUAGCUCAUACUGAAGCUUUACAUCAAAUUGCCAAAGAGAUUUCAGAGCUGAAAACUAACCUUCACCAAAAGUCAGAGCAUUUCCAAAAUCUAAGCACAGCAACUGAACAAAAGCUCUGGGAGGUUGGCCUUCAGAUUAACACCUCAACCUUAGCAAUGCAAGUCCUUCGGAAGUUGAUAGAAGAUAUUCAGACCUCAUUUAGGUUUCUGAAUUUGACAUUAGCUGAAGUUCAGUCUGCUGCAGAAGACAGGAACAAUAAAUACACAGGAGUGUUCCUUAAACAGCUAGAGGAUAUCACAAACCUGUGGGAUAAUUGGUACAACACAUCAGCAACCAUUGUUACCAUAAAACAAGAACAAAGCAAUCUGGAGCAAGAAAUUAAAGGGCCAAAAGGGGAGAAAGGAGACAAAAGCGGAAGUAGCAGCACCAUUGCAAUAUCUCCAGCUUCCAGUAUUCAACUUGUAGGAGGACAUGUUCCUAAUGAAGGUAGAGUGGAGAUUUUUCAUGCUGGAGAAUGGGGUACUAUCUGUGAUGACCACUGGGAUAUUCGUGAUGGAGCAGUGGUCUGUAAGAGUCUGGGGUAUUCAACAGCAUCUAGAAUUCACAGUGGUGCCUAUUUUGGACAAGGUACUGGUCAGAUAUGGAUGGAUGAAGUUCUUUGUUUUGGCUAUGAAACCUCUGUUGAAAAUUGUAUAUUUAAAGGCUGGGGUGUGACAGAUUGCAAACAUGAUGAAGAUGCUGGUGUCACUUGUAAAGUUUAA